UGAGAAGCUGAGGUGAACAAGCUAUUGAUGCCUUACUGUGUGUUUUUCACGUCAAUUCAUGCUAAGUUAAAUACGUGUAUGCAUUAUGGAUAUAUGCCUGUGUAUCUUUUACAGAUUGACGAACUUCACUGAAGAUGUCUAAGCAACAACCAACUCAGUUUAUAAAUCCAGAAACUCCUGGCUAUGUUGGAUUUGCAAAUCUUCCUAACCAAGUUCACCGAAAAUCAGUGAAAAAAGGUUUUGAGUUCACACUAAUGGUGGUCGGUGAAUCGGGGCUAGGAAAAUCGACUCUUAUAAACAGCCUGUUCUUGACGGAUCUUUACCCAGAAAGAAUCAUACCUGGAGCUGCAGAGAAAAUUGAAAGAACAGUCCAAAUUGAGGCUUCUACUGUUGAGAUUGAAGAGCGAGGGGUCAAGCUGCGCCUGACAGUGGUGGACACACCCGGCUAUGGUGAUGCCAUCAACUGCAGGGAUUGCUUCAAGACCAUCAUCUCCUACAUUGACGAGCAGUUCGAGCGGUACCUACAUGAUGAGAGCGGCCUCAACCGACGGCACAUUGUGGACAACAGGGUACACUGCUGCUUCUAUUUCAUCUCGCCCUUUGGACACGGGCUUAAGCCCUUAGAUGUCGCAUUUAUGAAGGCGAUACACAACAAGGUCAAUAUUGUGCCUGUCAUUGCGAAAGCUGAUACCCUCACUCUGAAGGAACGGGAACGUUUGAAGAAAAGGAUUCUGGAUGAAAUUGAAGAACAUAACAUCAAAAUCUAUCACUUACCUGAUGCAGAAUCAGAUGAAGAUGAAGAUUUUAAAGAGCAGACCAGACUUCUCAAGGCCAGUAUCCCGUUCUCUGUGGUUGGAUCCAAUCAGCUGAUAGAAGCCAAAGGCAAGAAGGUCCGAGGCCGCCUCUAUCCGUGGGGUGUCGUGGAAGUGGAGAACCCGGAACACAACGACUUUCUGAAGCUGAGGACAAUGCUCAUCACUCACAUGCAGGACCUCCAGGAGGUGACCCAGGACCUUCACUAUGAGAACUUCCGUUCUGAGAGGCUCAAAAGGGGCGGCAGAAAGGUGGAAAAUGAGGACAUGAAUAAAGAUCAGAUCUUGCUGGAAAAGGAAGCUGAGCUCCGCCGCAUGCAGGAGAUGAUCGCCAGGAUGCAGGCACAGAUGCAGCUGCAGAUGCAGGGCGGAGACGGUGACGGCGCAGUUCACGGGCACCACGUGUGAGAAAACGUUUUGCAAGAUAAAGAAAGCAUUCCAAAUGAGAAAUACAGCUCUGUGUUUUCAAGAAAUUGUUGGAGAAGUGAGCAUUCACACUUUACAGUGCCUGUGGCCCAAGAAUUUAAUUUUUUAAAAAAUUGUUGAUGUGUUCUUUUGUAUGAAGUACUUUUAACAUUUAUAUUCAUUUCUAGAGGGUAGACUUUAUAUUUUGUGAGUGAACUUUGCAUUUUCAUUUUCUUCCACCUUAACUAACCACUAAUGUUAGAUUUCAUUUCCAGGGACCAGUCGGCAUGUAUGUUAAAAUCAUUUGACUGGCCUAACCAACUAGUCAUGGAGGAGCACUCUUGAUUUGUUAUUUACCCCAAAUAUUCUGAGUGAUAGAGAGAUGCAUCUAAUGACAUAGAAGGUACCCGGCCAUUUACUUAACCGUAGCACCAUGUGGAGAUUCUUCCCUGCCUUCCUUACUGUUUGAUCACAACACCCAAGACCAGUUUUGCUGCUACAAUACAAUACCGUUAAUUCACCUGCACAUUCAUCUGUUUACCAAAUGAAAAAUAAUUAUGUAAUGAGAUAUAUGCUUACACUUAAGUAGCUUUCUUUUAAAAACAGGCUUUUAGGGGUAAAUUUUAGAAAUUUCUACAUUCUUAUACUAGAUCAUUUUUUAAACCACUGGGCAGGGAGAACUUGUUACGGCCACUUUUUAUAGUGUUUUCCACUAAUACUCGUUAUACUCUGCUAUGGAAAAAGUCAGAGUAUCCAUGAGCUCCAGUUUUCAUAUUGCAACUAAGAUUCUUAUCAACACAGUGAAAGUCAAUAAACUAUUUUUACUCCACUAAGUCAA